AUGGAGCAAGAUAAGACUCAAGAGAACGCUUUGAACCAUUUUCAGUCAGUAUUAGGUGAUAAAUACAAAGAGUAUGAAUUUUUCUUCUCUGCUGACAACGAAAUUUUAAUAAAUCCUGUAGAAAGAAGAGAAAUUGAUGAAUUGGGAAAGGAUAGGUUAUUAGUGACGGCCAUUGAUACACUACCACAUAGGUGUAUGGUAUACAUGGAAGACAAUGUCUUUACUUAG